AGCUAGUAAUUGAGUACCUAGGUACUGUACGUACUUUCUUACCUAGUACCAAACUUAUCUAUCUCAGCUACUCCGUACACUUCAAGACACUUCCGCUCCUGGUAAUGGACGGACAACCCUGAGCUCAUUGGAAUGACAGCCCUUCGUUGGCGCUCCUGUCUAGGCCAUUCCCGACAUUACCUAGGUAUCAAGUACUCGAGUCUUCGACUGUCCACCAGUCAGUCGGAUCUUUACGCGUGCCAGGAUCGUGGCGUCGACGCGCUGACCUGCCUACCCUUGAUUCCUGCAUCUCGUGGCUGCUCCAAUCAUUGCCGCAUUUCAGGCUCGCGCGCGCCAAACCCCCGACGAUCGGCCCUGCGUGAGCCAUGCAGCCCAUCAUGGAUGACCAUUCAACACUCUGUUGCAGGAGAAGAAAUCAGUCAUUCAUCCACUCAUCCCAUUUCCCCCUCAUGCAUACUCUGCGCGUCGCCGUCCUUGCAGCGCCAGCCUUUUUUUUCGUUGCGCGCAUACUCUGUCUCCUCUCCUCAACUAAACCCACCCACCCCCUCUUCUAUCCUGCACCACCACCCUAGGGCUUUUCCUUAUAUCAAGCCCUCUUCGCUGGACGGUUCAAGGUGCUCUCUUUUUUCGAUAUCGUCAACAGUUCCAUUCCUUUUUUCCAACCGGGGUUUCACCACUACUACCUAAAUUAAUCUCAUCGUCUCAGUCGGUCUCUCUCUUUUACACUUUUCCUCCAAAUACUUCCGGCAUCCACUUGGUGUCUCAAAGCGUGUCUCAGUCCCGGUCACCCAUCGCACCCCCAUAGCGAUCGCUCCCCAACUACAGUUGACGCGACAACC